GUGAGAGUGUGCCACCGCCCGUCUUUUCAAACCUCAGCCAGCUCAGGUUAUGUUUGAGAGGACGUGAGAGGAACUGUGUGUUCAGGACUCAGAAAAAGCGGACUUUACUGCGUUCGACUCAGCAAACAAAACGUGGACCUGCAGUGGAGUCAAUCUGGGACUUUGAGUUUCAUCCACCAUGGGGGACGUGAUUUCCAGUCACCUGGAUGAAGCCAAGCGGGAGAUUAUCACAGCUCAGACCGGGGAGGUGAUGGGAGAGUUUGGGCGCCUGUAUGAGCAGCAGUAUGCAGUGGCUCUUUUCAACAAGGUUCGCUUUGACAUAGAGGGUGGAGGUGGCCCGCAGCCCCAGCUACUACACCGCAAGAUCCCUCUGGAGAACAAGUCCAUCUUCUCUGGCUCGCUCUUUCAGUACCUGGAGGAGAACAAGAAAUGGAGAAACCGCUUCCUGUUUGUCCCAGACUCCUACAACAUCAACUACUUUGAUAGCAAAGCGGCCCAUGACAGACGCCUCCAUCCCAAAGGAACCAUCAACUGCGCUGGCUACAAAGUGCUGACAUCUAUGGACCAAUACCUCGAUCUGAUCAGCAACAGCCUGCCAGGUGUGAAAGCCAAGGUGGGAAGUUCUCCCUUCCUGAAGUGUCCCACCCAGUUCCCUCUGAUCCUCUGGCACCCGUACGGCCGCCACUACUACUUCUGCGUGGUAACGGAGAAAGAGCAGCAGAAGUGGCACGCUGUCCUCCAGGAUUGUGUCCGACACGCCAAUGAUGGUUUGUCAGAGGAGAAUAAAAUCCAAACACCAGCCUUCACCGAUGCCGUACGAAUCUACCGUCAAGCCAAAGGGCACUAUGGCACCUGGGAAAUGAUGUGUGGUGUACAGUCACAGAUCCUGUCUAACCUGGUGAUGGAGGGUCUUCUCCCAGACCUGAGGGAGCUCAUCUCUCCUCGACUCAAAGGCAAACUGCAUGAGAGACAGAGGAACUGGAUGCUGAUCAGUGAUGCAGUGUACAGUCUGGUGCAGGAACAGUGCAAAGCCCAAUACGAGGCGGUGGUACAGAAGUGUGAGGCGGGCCACACCUUGCUAGAGGCCUCCAUUCGCACAGACAUGGACCAGAUCAUCACCUCCAAGGAGCACGUCACCAACAAGAUCCGAGCGGUAGUCCUCCCUAAGGCAGAGAAGCUGCUGAAGGUGAGCAUCGAGCCUUACAUCAGCUCCAUCCUGGAUGCCCUGAUGGAGCCGACCAGCCGAGGCUUCUCCGAGGUCCGUGAUGUCUUCUUCAGGGAGCUGGUGGACAUGAGCAAGAACACACUCAAUGAGGGAACUAAGGAGACCGUGGCACAGCACAUGGAGAAGAUCUCCAUGUUGGCCUUCCACCCGGUGAAGAUGCAGAGCUGCUAUGAGAAGGUGGAGCAGCUGAGUCUGGAGGGUCUGCAGCAGAGGUUUGAUGUCUCCAGCCCCUCAGUGUUCGUCCAGAGGGCCCAGAUCCUCAUGAGAGAGCAAAUGGAUGAUGCAGUUUAUACAUUUGAGCAGAUUCUUCACCAGAGUUUAGAGUCUCAGGGAACAGAGGAGCUGUGUAAGACCAUCCAGCGCUGCCAGGACAGAGUCAUUAAGAAAUUUGACUAUGACAGCAGCACAGUGAGGAAGCGUUUCUUCCGUGAGGCUCUCCUCCAGAUAUUCAUCCCUUACAUGCUGAAGCAGCUCAGCCCCUCCUGUGCCUCGGAGCUGCCACGCUUCCAGGAGCUGAUCUUUGAGGACUUUUCCCGCUUCAUCCUGGUGGAGAACAUCUUUGAAGAGGUGGUGCUGCAUUCGGUCAUGAAGGACAUCAUGAUGGCUGUGAAGGAGGCGGCAGUCCAGAGGAGACACAACCUGUACAGGGACAGCAUCGUCCUGAGCAACAGCGACCCCAGCCUGCAGCUGCUGGGAGAAAGCCCGUCCAUCGACUGGGCCGGGGAGUACGGAGGAGCCCAGGAGGAGGAGGCGGACGCAGCAGGGGAGGACACUGAGGGUGAUGCCCAGGGUGAAGAUGGGGAAUCCCAGAAGAGGAGGAGGAUGAAGCAGGUGGUGUCCAUGAUCCAGGUGGAAGAUUCCCCGGUCUUGCCCAGUGAGUCUUGCGUGGAGGUGGCCGGCAUCAAUGAUAUCCCAGAGGAGGGCAGCGACGAGGAGAAGGAGGAGGAGGAAUUGUCUCCUGACCAGAAUGAGUCUCCAUGUCCCAAACCCACAGAGAACCCUCCAGACCUGUCCAGUAGUUCGGUCUUGAAGGCAGAGGAGGCCAAACCAGUGGAGGCCAAACCAGAGGAGGCCAAACCAGAGGAGGCCAAACCAGAGGAGGCCAAACCAGUGGAGGCCAAACCAGUGGAGGCCAAACCAGAGGAGGCCAAACCAGUGGAGGCCAAACCAGAGGAGGCCAAACCAGUGGAGGCCAAACCAGAGGAGGCCAAACCAGAGGAGGCCAAACCAGUGGAGGCCAAACCAGAGGAGGCCAAACCAGUGGAGGCCAAACCAGUGGAGGCCAAACCAGAGGAGGCCAAACCAGUGGAGGCCAAACCAGAGGAGGCCAAACCAGUGGAGGCCAAACCAGUGGAGGCCAAACCCGAGGAGGCCAAACCCGAGGAGGCCAAACCCGAGGAGGCCAAACCCGAGGAGGCCAAACCAGUGGAGGCCAAACCAGUGGAGGCCAAACCAGUGGAGGCCAAACCAGUGGAGGCCAAACCAGUGGAGGCCAAACCAGUGGAGGCCAAACCAGUGGAGGCCAAACCAGAGGAGCAGGAUAAAGAAGAGGUGCAGCUGAAGGGUGAAUCAUCUACAGCUACAGAGGAGAAGGCUCAGGGUGAUAACAGCCAGCUGGUGGAAGAGGAGCAACAACCACCACCACCACCUACCAACCAGGAGGUAUCAGAGGAGGUGCCGCCACCACCGCCUCCUGCCGAAGAAGUUCCCCCAGAGGCCACAGCUGAAUUCCCCCCGCCUCCUUAUGACGAUAGCGGCUUCCAGUCUCCCAGCAGCGACAGGGCGCUGGAGGAGGAAGUGGAGGUGGCCUCUAGCAAAGACGCCCCACAACCGGCAGAGGAGACGAGCGUCGCCACAGCCCCACAAGUUGAAACUGAAAACCAGUGACUCCUAAACCAGAGACCAGACACUUAAACUGUAUCCUGCCAUGUUUUUUCUCACAAGGAUGGAAAAACACCUCAGAGCUGUUUUAACCACACAAGUUUUCACCUGUCUGAGGCAUCAGCAGAUCAUUUUCACCGAGCAGGGCUCCGGUGCUGUCGUCAUUUUUAAUUUUAUGAAAUAUGUAAUGUGUCAUUUUCACAACUUUUUACAACUGCAGAAUCUGAACUUUUCAAGUCCACAGUUUAUUUUCUCUUCACUUGGUAUACAUAUGAGCACAGUGGACGUAGCGGUGUGUUAUAAACAUGUGACAAGUUGCAGGAACACUUCAGUUGAGGUGCCUUUUUGGUGAGAUACAUGUAUGUUAAUGUGGCUCCUUCUUGCUUAACUACUGUGUGGCCUUCAUUAAUCCUUUGCAAUUUGAGUACUUUUUUAAUUAAUUUGUUGGUGUAAAUACAGUUUGCGAUAUUGGAAACUCAGUAAUGUGAUGAGCAUCUCAAAGCAAGUGACAAAAAAAAAUUAUCGUGAAUACUUAUUGGUUAUUGGGUCUUUUAAUCCCAAACUGUAGAUAAAUCUCACAGGUUCUUUUUCUUUUUUCCUUACCAAACUUACAUUUUAUAAUUCAUAAAUUGUCUCUAUGUACACACUGAUGUCUCCAGACUUGACAAUUUCUUUUGUGUGGGUGGGAAUAAUAUUUUAUAAGUUUCUCCCGUAACAAAGAAAGCUUGUGUAUAUUAUGUAUAAAUGCUUCUAUUGGCUGAUGAACGACCAAACUUGUCAUUUUUACAUAAUUUUAUAUAAUUUCAUCAUUGCUUUAGCUGAUCUCUCCACCUCCUAUUUUAUUUAUUAUCUUGCACCCCGUCUUGUCUUUUUGUGACCAAUGUAGUUUUUAGAUGUAUUCUACAAAUUAUUGUUAUUGAUAAUAA